UCGCGCACGGUCGGGACCCGUCGCUGGCCGCCUACCAGCCAGUUCAGCUCGGCCCGAACGUUCUCAACCACGCAACACCGUGAUGCAACAUGGGGCUUCAUUGGUUUAGGACAGAUGGGCUAUAACAUGGCCAAGAAUCUACGCGCCAAGAUCCCCGCAUCUGAUACCUUGAUUAUUCGAGACGUUAAUGAAGCAGCCGCUGAGCGCUUUGUAACGGAAGCAGAGGAUACAGCACGGAGCAGCGGAGCCGGCGCCGAUGAGUACCGAGUGGAGAUUGCUACGACGGCGCGUGAAAUCGCGGAGAAAUCGAUCGUGGUUAUCAGCAGUCUCCCUGAGCCACAGCACGUAACUGACGUGUUCCACUCCAUUCUAAAGCCUGGCAAGCUGCCCGCUCUAGAGCAGGAACGCCUAUUCAUUGACACUUCGACUGUUGAUCCUGUCACAUCAAAGGAGAUUGCAAAUGCUAUCCACACCACCCAGGCCGGUCGAUUUGUAGAUGCUCCUGUCUCCGGCGGUGUAGUGGGUGCCCAGGCUGGUACUUUGUCCUUCAUGUUCGGAGCGUCGACACCAACUGGGGACUCAGGGGAGCUUCUUGACCGAAUCAAAGGCGUCUUAUCCCUCAUGGGAAAAAGGAUGUGGCACCUUGGCGAACCUGGGUCUGGGGUAUCAGGGAAACUCGCCAACAACUACAUUUUGGCUAUCAAUAAUAUUGCCACCGCCGAAGCGAUGAACCUUGGUGUUCGUUGGGGCUUGGACCCCAAGGCAUUGGCUGACAUGAUCAACUCUUCUACUGGUCGAUGCUGGCCUUCUGAGGUUAACAAUCCUGUGCCUGGGGUAGUUGAGACUGCACCUGCAUCCCGCGACUAUAAAGGGGGAUUCGGGGUAGCGUUGAUGCAUAAAGACCUACGAUUGGCACUGACGGCAGCCGAUAAGUCUGGUACUCCUCUGGUUCUGGGUACUCAUGCUCGUGAGGUGUAUGAUGCCGUUGAGGCAGCUCACCGUGGAAAGGACUUCUCGGUUGUUUACCAGUGGUUACAAGAAAAAUCUUCAUAG